CAGUAACUGUCAUAGGUGAAAUGUGAAUCCAGACCCUCUGAUUACAAGGCAGUAAGUCAAUGUAGGUCGGAGGCUCUUUUGGAAGAUGGGAAGACACAAAUAUCUGGGCUGAUACUGUGGUACUGGCUCCACUCUCCAGUCCCAUUCUCAGGGACCCGGACUCCUGAAUCCCGCUGCUGAGAACUGUCCGCGCCAUAGGAGAUUAAAAAAGAAAAAAGAAAAGAAAAAAAAAAAAAAAAAAAAAAGCCCGGGUCAUGAAUCCAAUCUGGCUGCUCUUUAAAGUUUGUUUGGUUUGGAGUGUGAGAAAAAACCAGAGGCUCUCAGGCGGGACCCAGUCCUUGCUGCUUAACCGUGUUCCGGCGGGCGGGGCUUACUAAGUGCCCAAAGCAGCUGACCCCAGUAUCACACGUCCUCCACUUCCCUCUUUACUCUAGACCCAAGUGUUCUGCUGCGGGGUCCGAAUCUGAGAGUGGCUAAAAAAGCCCGGGAACCCGGGGAGGGGAAAGGCGGGAAAAAGGACGGAUGGUGUUUGAGGCAGCGGGCGCCGGGAGGACUAAAUGGGAAACCGGAAGUGAACCCGGAGACCAUUCCUGUCACGGAAUAAGAAACAACUUGUAGGUGGUCGAGUGACGGGACCUAUGUCCCCCAAGGACACACACAACGUCCCAAAGGAGGUCCGGCUGGAGCCGUAACACAGAAAAGGACCGAGGGGGCGGGAUGGCCGAGGGUACCCGCUGCCGAUUGGUUCGGUACUUGGAGGAGCUGACACAGGAAGAGCUGAAGAAAUUCAAGCUGUAUCUAAAGGAUGAGCCCUCCGAGCGCAUCCCCCGGGGCAGAGUGGAGGGGGCGGAUAGAACGGAUCUGGCCGAGCUCUUGGUCAGUACUUUUGGGGAGCCGGACGUCUGGGAGCUGACUGGGAGUUUCUCGGAGAAGAUGGGCCUGCGGGGGCUGUGGGAGCGAGCCGGAAAGGAAGGACUGCUGGAUCCUACAGAAGGGACAAGAUUGAAAACAAAUACAAGUAUCACAAGAAAGCAACAAGAAGGGAAAGAUGAAAGAAACAAGUACCAAAAACGAAUGAAAGAGAAAUUCCAGGUCAUCAGGGAGAGGAAUUCUCGUCCUGGGGAGCAUGAGCUCUUUCACCACCGAUUCACACAGCUGCUGCUUCUUCGAGGUUAUCGUUACAAGGAGCAGAAGCAUCAUGAGCUCCUUGUCCGUGGAGGGGAACAUGCUAAGGUCAUGCAGGAGCGAGGGCAACUUAUAGAAACAGUAGCUUUAUUUGAUCCUUUUAAGGAGACAGGUGUCCAACCCCGCACUGUUGUGCUGCAGGGGGCUGCUGGUAUUGGGAAGACCACCCUGGCCAGCAAGGUGAUGUUGGACUGGGCAGAGGGAAACCUCUUCCAGGAGAGGUUCGACUAUGUUUUCUAUCUCACCUGCAGAGAACUGAACCCAUUAGGAGAGAGAGAAAUCAGUUUUGCUGAUUUAAUUGCCAGUGACUGGCCUGGCCCAAAGGCUCCCAUGGCAGAGAUCAUGUCCCAGCCAGAGAGACUUCUGUUCAUCAUUGAUGGUUUAGAUGAACUGAAAUUCCCUUGUAACGAGCACAGAUAUGAUCUAUGCAAAGACUGGAAGCAGAAGGAGCCAGUAUCCAUCCUGCUGAGCAGCUUACUGAGGAAAACCUUGCUCCCGGAAGCCUGCUUGCUACUCACAACAAGACUCACGGCUCUGGGGAAAUUUUGUCCUUUAUUAGAGAGUCCACGUCAUGUGGAGAUCCUGGGCUUCUCGGUGCAGCACAGGGAGGAGUAUUUCUGCAAAUUUUUCAGAGAUAAAGAUUUGGGUGAAAAAGCCUUUCAUUUAGUAAAAGACAAUGGCACACUAUUCACUAUAUGCUGCGUUCCCCUGAUGAACUGGAUUGUCUGCACUUGCCUAAAACAGCAAAUAGAGAAGGGACAAGAUCCUGUCCAGGCUUUGAAAACCACCACUGCCCUCUACAUGUGUUAUCUUUCCAAUUUAAUCAUCCCUGAUGACAAGAACUUCAUCCCUCAGCACUUGAGGGGUCUGUGUUGCUUGGCUGCUGAGGGGAUCUGGGACAGGAAACUGCUGUUUGAGGAGGAGGACCUCAGGAGGAAUAACUUGGAGGCAGCGGAUGUCUCUGCCUUCUUAGACAUGAACAUUUUCCAGAAAGACAGUGGCUGUGAAAACUGCUACAGCUUCAUUCAUUUGAGUUUCCAAGAGUUUUUUGCUGCAAUGUUCUAUAUGAUGAGCACAGAGGAAAAAAGGAUGAAGAGUUCUGACGCCUCUGUCCCAGGUGUCAGAGAACUUCUGGAGGAGUGUAGUGGGCGUAAUGCCAGCUUUGUGGUUCUGGUGGUCCGCUUCCUGUUUGGCUUCCUAAACAGAGACAUAGCAAGAGAGUUGGAGAGAAAAUUCAGAUGCAGUAUGUCACCGAAAAUCAAGUCACAGUUACUGCAGUGGGCUCAGAGAGAAUCCAAAAUAAAUAUACAAAAUGAUUUUUCUAUGAUUUAUCUCCCAGAAUUUUAUUCUCACUUAUAUGAGACUCAAGAUUCUGAGCUUGUAACACAGGUGCUAGCUAACAUCCAUGAAAUCAAAGUACACCUUUUCAACCACUAUGAUGUCCUGAAAGCAGCUUUCUGCAUUAAGCACUGUUAUAGGGCAAGAAAAAUGUACUUUUGUUUUGAUUUUGGGUUACCUGCUGGUGUUUGGCAAGAGCUUUUUUCCAUGAUCAACAAGAAUCCAAACCUGAAGGAGUUAACGCUGGGCAGUGAAGCAUUUGAUGACUCAUGUAUGGAAAACCUUUGUAAGGAGCUAAACCAUCCAAAUUGUAAACUUGAAAAACUGACGUUGACAGACUUCAAGGUAACUUACUCCUCUUGUCAGCAUCUCUUCUCUGCUCCUAGUCUGAAAAGCCUGGAGUUGAAUGGUGAAAUUGUUAAGGAUGACAUGAAACUUCCACGUGAGACCUUGGGAAAAAAGAACUGUCAGUUGCAGAUACUAAGAAUAUCUGCUUUUUCAAGUUUUGCUGUUAAGCUUCUGGAUUUUUUCUCUGCUGAGAACCUGAAAAGCUUACACCUGACAGUAGUAGAGCUUCUGCAUAAUGUCUUGGCAAAACAGGAUUGUAAGCUACAAACAAUCAGUUUGGGGACUUGUCUAUAUUACCCUGCAGUUUGCUAUAAGCUCUUCUCUGUUCUUGGUAGCAGUAAGAGCCUGAAGAACUUAGAUCUAAGUCUAAAUUCCUUUGGGGAGGAGGAAAUAAAAAGUCUGUGCAAGACUAUGGAAAACCAAGUUUGGAAAUUGGAGACUCUGAGGAUGUCUCGGUGUAAACUCACUGUUGAUCGUCUUCGGAAUCUCCUACCUUUUUUCUGUAGCAUUGAGAACCUAAAAAAGUUGGACCUGAGUCACAAUUUUUUUGGUGAAAAUGGAAUUAAUCUGUUGUGUGAAGCCUUGGAAAAGCAGGAUUGUAACCUACAAAUAUUAAACUUCUGGGAAGAGGACAUUUUAAGUCAAACCAUAGAAAAGACACUGACCAGCCUAAAUUCAAGAAAAUCUUUUUAUAUCACUUGGAAAGACUAUCAUAUGGCUACAAUAGAGUUCUUUGACUGGGAUUCUGAAUAUACAUAGCCCUGGCUUCAGUGGUUGGAUGCCUUUGGACAAGUUACUUUAGCUUUACCGGCAUUAAUUCUUAUACUUAAUAUGAGAUGGUCUCUGAGGAAAUCCUCCUACCCAGACCAUGGCUGCCUGGAUUUGAAACCUCCUGCAUUUCAGAGUCCUCCCUGCUGUGAUUAAUAUCUAAAAAGUUUCUUCUACUGACCUUUCCCUGAUUGGACAAAGAAGAAACACAAAGGACCUCUCUUGCCACUGAAGAGUGGAGAAAAUCCAACAUCCCCAGUCACAGGUUGCCUGAGAUUGGAGGCCUCCACUGCAGAGACCUCUGGAGUAACGUUCCGAAGGACCUUCCUGCCUUUGCUCUGAUCUGUGCAAUAUUCUGAUCAACAGGUGCCCCUCUUGCCUUAUGGCAGCAGAUUCCUGCCCCCCACUCCCAUUAUUCCUGUCUUUCAGAUUCAUUUUGCUGAGUUGGAACCCUCUUCCCAGGAGAGACUUCAUUUUCAGCCCCUCCCAGGAUGCAUCCUGGCCCUGCCCCCAUUCAGUUUCUGUCCACCUCUGCCCUGUACUUUAUGCAUCAGUCUCUGAAUCUGUUACCAAGUUCUUUGUCUCAGAUACCUUCCUUUCGUGGUCACUGUUUUCCAGCCCUCAUAGGGAAUGGACUUUCUCCCUAAAGAUCUUUCAUCCCCCAACUUCCUCUCCAGUGCUGGAUGGUGCUUCUUUCCCACUCCAUAGCUCCCAGAGUUGCUGCUUUUCUGACCUUCCCUCAGAAGCCUCUCUCCUUGAGGGUCACCUCCCCCAUGUAACCCACCGCCUUGUGGGGAGUCACCUGUAAGUCCCUUGGAAAACCAAAGCAAGAGAGGCUGAGACUUCAAGGGACUUGACAAGGCCAAUUUCACAGCUGAUAACCCAGAUCUAAGCUCUUUCAGAUUAGUUACUGAAAAUAUAACAGUCAACAUGCCCGAAGUGUGUUUGUGACCAGAAGCUUUUAAAAAUGAAAACAAAUUGUGGCAGCUCUUUUUCUAGUGGCAAAAAACUGGAAACAGAGUGGAAGCUCAUCAGUUGAGGAAUGGCUGAACAAGUUAUGGUAUAGGAAUGUUAUGGAAUAUUAUGUUCUGUAAGAAACAAUCGGCAGGAUGAUUUCAGAGAGGCCUGGAGAGACUGACAUGAACUGAUGCUGAGUGAAAUGAGCAGAACCGGGAGAUCAUCGUACCCGGCCACAGCGAAUAUAUGACGAUCGAUUCUGAUGGAUGUGACUCUUUCCAAUAAUGAGAUGAUUAAGGCCAACUAUAAAGAUCUUGUGAUGAAGGGAGCCAUCUGUACCCAGAGAGAAGCCUGGGAGAUCUGAGGAUAGAUCACAGCAUAGCAUUUUCACUCUAUAUGUUGUUGUUUGCUUGCAUUUUGUUUUCUUUCUCAUUUUUUCCUUUUUGAUCUAAUUUUUGUUGUGCAACAAGAUAAUUGUAUAAAUAUAUGUGCCUGUAUUGGAUUUAACAUAUAUUUUAACAUGUAUAACAUAUAUGGGAUUACUUGGCAUCUAGAGGAAGGGGUUGGGAUAAGGACAGGAAAAUUUGGAACACAAGGUUUUGUAAGGGUCAGUGUUAAAAAUUGUCCAUGUAUAUAUUGUGAAAAUAAAAAUCUUUAAUAAAAAAGUAGAAAAAA